AUGUCUGUCCGCGUGAAUGGGCCGGUGUACGUCGUGCGGUGUUUCAGUUGGUUUCUCCUCUCUUUUUGUGACACGCGUGCGACGCGGAUUGCACCAGCGCCCACCCCAAUCGCUUCCAUCAUAUCUCCAUUUUGUCCGCUCUUUCUCCCUACCCCCCUCUCCGACAUUUCCGUCGACUUCCCUGAAAAUCGUCCCUGUUCUUUUCGGCGGGGCCCACAGGAAGCAAUGCGGUGGCUGACACGACUGGACGUAUUUCCAAAGUUCGAUGCGAAGUUCGAGCAAGACGCACGGCACCGGACGGCAGUUGGCGGCGUCUUCUCGCUUCUCUCCCUUUUCAUUAUCGCAACUCUUGUCGUAGGGGAAGUGCGGUACUUCUUCUCCACCGUCGAGCAGCACGAGAUGUAUGUUGACCACAACCUCGGCGGCAUGAUGGACAUCACCGUGAACAUCACCUUCCCGCGUGUUCCGUGCGACCUCAUCACCGCGGAUGUCGUGGACAGCUUUGGAAACUUCGCCAAGGACGUGGAGCAUGAUACGGUCAAGACGCGUGUGGACAGGCUGACGCUGGAGAAGAUCAGCGAAGCGCGUCCGCUGGUAGACGAGAAUAAGAAGCUGACCAAAGCUCUUGACCCCGACGGCGCGGAGAAGGAGAACUGCCCGAGUUGCUACGGGGCAGAACCGGAGCCGGGAGCCUGCUGCCACACCUGUGACGACGUCCGCCGCGCAUAUGCCCAGCGGAAGUGGGUAUUCAAUGAGGAUGACAUCAGCGUGGCGCAGUGCGCCGAGGAGCGGCUACGCAAGGCCUCCCUUGCGAAGAGCCAGGAGGGGUGCAAUUUGUUUGCCAAAUACAAAGUGACUCGAGUGACUGGGAACAUUCAUUUCGUGCCGGGACGCAUGUUCAGUGUGUUGGGCCAACACCUGCACGACCUUGGGGGGAAGCUGGCGCGUGAGCUCAACCUCAGUCAUAUUGUGCACUCCCUUGAAUUUGGUGAGCAGUUUCCGGGGCAGAUGAACCCAAUGGAAGGCCUAGUGAACACGCGAGGCGCCGUGGACGCGACGGAGGAGGUGAACGGUCGCUUCAGCUACUUUGUGAAGGUUGUUCCGACACAGUACGAGGUGGCCUCCUUCCUUGGUGUUGGCAAGGUGGUGGAGUCCAAUCAGUACUCCGUCACGCAUCAUUUUACCGCCAUUCCGAAGGGUGAGGCGGCGGACAGACAACCCGCGUUGGUGCCUGGGGUGUUCAUCACGUACGAUUUGUCGCCUAUCAGAGUCUUUGUGCUGGAGAAGCACCCGUAUCCUUCGUUUGUGCACCUCCUGCUGCAGCUGUGCGCGGUGGGGGGCGGGGUAUUUACCGUGGCCGGCAUUGUGGACGCCCUCAUUUUCCAUGGUGUUCGUCGCGUGCAGCGCAAGAUGCAGGAAGGGAAGCAAUUCUAA